GCGGGUGAAGUUCACACUAUCCCUGCGAGUACCGAAGAAAAGAAUGCUCUGUUCAACUCCAUUUCCGGCACCCAACAAUUCGGUGCAGGUUCUCUCUGGAAAAAGUCACACGUGUCGUUAUCUACAAUCCACACGUGUCAUUUAUCCUCGCUCUUCUUUUGUUUCGAAAUUCGACUUCCAACAAUUCCGGCAACUCCGCGCGAAGAGCCUGCGCGCUAUACGCGGCGGCGGAUUCGUCCCGGCGACCGCGAAGAAGCAAUUGCGCAGAAAAGCUGAUGUUGUUGAAUUGGAUGAGAACUUCGACGACGGGGAUGUUAGUUACGAAUACGAAGAUGAUGAAGGAGGUGGAGAAGAUGAGGUUGAUGAUGAUGAAGAAGAGGUGGUUUCGUUUAAUGAGAAUGAGAUGAAGAAAUGGUUGGAGAGGAAGCCGAAGGGGUUUGGUGAAGGGAAAGUGUAUGAUACUUCAAUUGAAGAUAAGCUGUUUGAAGAAAUGCAGCAGAGUAAACAAGUCCAAGCUGCUAAUUUGAAAAAGCUUAAGACCAAUCCUGUUAACACUGCCUCCAAAACUAAUGCACCAAAGAAGACAGAUGAAAAAGUUGUUCCUGUUCGAAACCGAGUGCGCUUGGUGAAUCUACCAAAGAAAAAGAACAUCGAUAGGGAUUUGAAAUCUGCUCUUCAAGGGAUUCCAGGAAUAACAAAUAUUGUCCCUGCUGUUACCGGAAACAAGAAGACACGGGAUCCUAUCUGCAAGGGUUUUGCUUUUGUUGAUUUCAAGCAUGAACAAGAUGCAAUUAGGUUUGUAGAGUUAUACACAGGACAAACUAUUACUUUUGGCAAAAUUCAGAAGCAGAUAAAAUGCGAACUCGUAAAUGCACAGUCUUCCUCUUCUUCGCUGAGGUUAAGCAAGAAUCUCAACAAUGCUCUACCCCUCUUGGCCUCCUUUGAAGAAGAUUCAAAUAAGGAUUCCAAUAUGGACGAUUCUGCUCUUGCUUCCUGGGACGAGACCGAUUUAGAUGAUUCGGAUGAGCAACAAGAAAGUGAUGGGGAGAAUGAAGAGUUUUCCACUGCUUUGAAGGUCGAUAGUGAUUACUGCAUAGAAAUGAGUAAUGAUUCCGAAAUUGAUUCACUUCCCUCAGAACAGGUUGACAGAAACCCCUCUGCUGAGAAGAAGUUACCUGUCAAAGUUAAACAAAAACAUGCCCCCAACAAAAAACCAACUUCCAAAAAGAAUGUAACAAAGGUUUUAGAUGUCCCUGGAUCUGCAAAAAGGUUAAAGAUCAGGGAAAAGGCUGUUUUAAAUGAUGUUUUCUCCAAGUACGGAUCAAAAUCUUCCAUUGCUUCAAAGGAUAGUUAGUAAAUUGUUAAUGACCAAAAUCUAAACCCUCACCCAGGAUGCAAUGACACUUUUUAGUUUGGCCUCGAAUGGCAAUUUUUGAUUUAGUGUAUGAUGAAGUAGUGGCGUAGUGUAGUAUUGUUGUGCUAUAGAAACAUGGACGAUCCUAUAUUAGUAGUUGUUAUAAAUAUCAAAGCAUUCUUUCAUCUACAUUGAGGUCAAACUAGGGUUUAUUUGAAUCAUCUUCACUAGCUACGAGUGAAUCUUAGUUAUUUUUUUUUUUUUGAUAAGAAAAGGGUUUGGUACUGAGGUAUCCUUAAGUGUGGAUAUUUAAGAAUUAAGAUCCUUGAAGUUGUACAAGUCUUUUUAUGCUAUCGAGCCAUAUUUGA